CUCUCUCAGCUACACAGCUGUCAUAUAAACCCUUCAUUCCCCGAGUUACACCUCUCUCUCUCUCUCGCUUCAGGUGUGGUCUCUAGGGUCUCUUCCUAAGUUUCCUAUUAUUUGGUCUGAUUUUUCUUGGGUUUUAGGGUUUUUGUUUCAAUGUUUAUGGAUGUCUCUUGAGGUUUUAGUCUCCCUGUUAAACCUUAGCUGGUAUUUCUACUCAUUUUGUAUGCUAGGGUUUUCUUGGUUUUAUUUUUUUCGUUUUUGUAUGUCGGCUUACAAUCUGGGUUUACUCUGUUAGGAACAAAAUUUGAUUUUUUAUUUUUAUUUUUCCUUUCCAUUGUUUCGUUUGAAGGUCUUAUUUGCAGCAAUUGGGUCAUUUCGGAGUUGUUAUCUGAUAUAUAUCCCUACGCGUUAAGCGACUCUGAUUUCUCAUCGAUUUGGUGAAAGUUUAUCGCAUCGUUUGUCUGUUUUCCUUAAUUUGAUAUUUUUCGUUGGGGGGUUUUAGGCGUUUUCAGGAUAUUCUUAAAAUCUACUAGAGCUCUGUCCCACGUUAAUCUUAUCUGGGGUUCCUUUGAAAAAAAAUAUUAGUUGGUUGAUUUGUGUUCUUAUUUUUUCCAAUCAAACAAUUCAAACAAAAGUCUAACACUGCUACUGUCUUCCACCAAAACAAUCAACAGACAAUACCUAGAAUGUGACUGGAAUGGAACUUUACACAAAAAUACGGAAAAAAUUAAACCGUCGAGUCCAAUGCCAAAACAAGAUCAUCCACCAGAGCCUCCCCCCAAUUCUUGUAACCAAUAUCAUCAAAUUGGCAUUGGACAUUUCUUUUAUUUUAUUUUUCUUUUUGGUGUAAAGCCUCUUGCAUUCUAUUUAGAGUUAGAAUUGUUUUGGUGGAAGACAGUACUGUGGGACUUCUUUAUGAAUUAUUUGAUGGGAAAAAAAUCGCUGCUGCCUCUGGGGUUUCGAUUUCAUCCAACCGAUGUUGAGCUGGUUAUGUACUAUCUAAAGUGGAAAGUAAUGGGGAAAGAGUUCUGUUUUGAAGCCAUUGCAGAGGUUGAUAUCUACAAGUUUGCCCCAUGGGGUCUUCCAGAAGGAUGGCCUAGCCCUAGGAAUGGUGCCCAAUACGGCACACCAUUUGAGGAAGAUUGGAAUGACGACAAUGAAGUCAACUGUGUAGAAGCUGGCCCUUCUCUUUGUUUUUCUACACCAACCUGUGUGCUGCCUAGUGACUGUAACAGUUCAGCUAUCACGUGUAACCUUUUUUGGAUAGCAUUUUUUCUGAGUCAUGUUUACCUCAAACUAUGGCAUCUGACAGCAAGGGUCUUCCAGCAGUUCCCACUAAUGAUAUUGUUUUAGAGGAGUUAUGUAUAGUUCUUGGUGAUGGUGAUAUUCUUCCAGCAGGGCAUGCUAACAUUGGUGAUAAUGUCUUAUCGAUCAAAAACAUAUUGGUGAUAAUGUCCUUUCAAGGCUUGCUUCCUUUAUGGAAGACGACA